CAACAAAACCCCAGAGAAAGCGAAAACCUCUUCUUCCUCUCUCUCUCUCUCCGUCAAAUUCAGUUGCGAAAAAUGGAUUUUCAGGUUGUGAUUCUCGCCGGCGGCUUCUCCAGUAAUCUUCAGCCCUUAGUCUCCAAGGAAGUCCCUAAGGCGCUUCUCCCCGUGGCGAAUCGUCCGGUGUUAUCUUACGUUCUGGAUCUGCUCGAGAGUAGUAAUCUCAAGGAUCUGAUCGUCGUUGUUGAAGGAGAAGAUGCUGCUCUGAAAGUCGGUGGAUGGAUAUCUUCUGCCUGCGUUGAUCGUUUACAUGUUGAGGUUGCUGCUGUUGCUGAGAAUGUUGGAACUGCUGGAGCCCUCAGGGCGAUUGCACACCACUUGACUGCCAAAGACAUUCUGAUUGUAAGUGGAGACAUUGUUUCUGAUGUUUCUCCUGGUGCUGUCGCCGCCACUCAUAGAAGACACGAUGCAUCAGUUACUUCAAUGCUUUGUGCUGAGCCAGUCAGUGGACCAUCAGAAUCCGGGGUUGCUGGCGGGAAAGAUAAAACCAAGAAACCUGCUUGCUAUGAUAUCAUAGGGCUUGAUUCCUCGAAACAAUUCUUGUUACACAUAGCAACAGCGGCUGAGAUUAAGAAAGAUACCCGAAUUAAAAAGAGCAUUCUCUGUGCGGCUGGCAAGAUGGAAAUUCGAUCAGAUCUCAUGGACUCUCAUAUAUAUGCCUUCAAGAGAUCAGUCCUGCAGAAAGUUUUGGAUCAAAAACCUACUUUCCGGAGCCUAAAACAGGAUGUACUCCCAUAUCUUGUUCGUACACAGCUGAGAUCAGAGGUCUUCCCUGACGAAAAAACUGUAGAAGACAAUGGAAAGAAUAAUAUGCAGAACAACGAGGUGGUUUUGUCUCAUAUUCUCUCCAACGCAUCUUUGCCAAGCUUUCAUCAAGUUUAUGAAUCAGGCCUGAACAGCCGAAAGACCUAUAAAUGCUGUGUUUAUAUAGCGGAUGAAAGUAAGUAUUGCGUCCGGUUAAAUAGCAUUCAAGCCUUCAUGGAUGUAAACAGAGAUGUUAUUGGUGACGCAAACCACCUAUCCGGAUACACAUUUUCAUCUCAUCACAACAUUGUCCACCCAUCAGCUGAGCUUGGAUCAAAAACCACAGUUGGCCCUCAUUGUAUGCUUGGAGAAGGCUCUCAAGUCGGUGAUAAAUGCAGUGUCAAAAGAUCCGUAAUUGGGAGACAUUGCCGGAUAGGCUCCAAUGUGAAGGUGGUUAAUUCAGUUGUGAUGGACCAUGCCACAAUAGGAGACGGAUGCUCAAUACAAGGCUCAGUGAUUUGCAGCAAUGCGCAGCUUCAAGAGCGUGUUGCUCUAAGAGACUGCCAAGUGGAAGCAGGCUAUGUAGUUUAUGCCGGGGGUGAGCAUAAGGGAGAGACCUUCGCCAGAAAAUGAUAGCAUUCAUUCGUUUGGUGAGCAGAGCGGUGAUGAGAAGAGUGAGAAGUCAGGUUUUGUUGAGCUUUUAAGAGUGAGAUUUUUCAUUGCUAUGUUUUGUUGUUAGGAUUUGGUAUUUUGCUGUUCAAACUCAAACUUGAUGAAGCCUUGAAACUAUUUUUGUACCGAAACACUUUCAUGUAAGAUCUAAAAUUUGUUUUUGGUA